AUGAGUUCAAGAAAUAAUUCACCAUCCAUCGACUUGGUGGCAGUGUUGGACAGAAAUUCGCGAUUGGAUCAUGGAAAACGUACCUUGGAAUCAACAACUCCAAUAUUAGAUAGGAGUAUUGCUCACUCCCCAAUACUGGAGCAUGUUAAUGAAGAUCCAAUUUCAAAUAGAGCAAAAAUUAUCAAAAAACUAGGAAUCAAAAGACCAAACACUGGUACAAUGACACGUACAACAACAAUUACUGUACAUUCGAGACCAUCAUCAUCUUGCUCAACAGCAAGUCCAUCAAGUAAUCAAAUGUUCAAUUUAGAUAAAGUAGAUAUUAAAUUAUUAGACUCCAUUUAUGAUUAUCAAGGAGAUAGAGACUCUAACAAUUUUUAUCAAGGGUCGGGUCACAUUUCACUGAGCAUCAAGCCUCGUCUCGAUAUUAAACAAAAAGUAAACGGAAGACCCAAAAUGGAGAGAAGUCUUAGUGCUAGUGUUGGGUGUUUAACAAGCGUUAAGAAGCUUGAAACUAAGAUAAUCGAAGAAACUCCUCUAUUGGGUGAUGAAUUCCAAAUUGAAAUUGAAACACCAAGACAUACCCAACCAAAGGCAAAUCCAAUGAAUUAUGAAAUUUUGUAUGAAGGAAACUUUGAAAGAGGAUUUAUGAACGAUAGUGAUGGAUAUUUUGAAUUUUUAUAUUCAGAAACAAAAGGACCAACCUAUAAGGGAAAUGUGGAAAAUAAUCAAUUCGAAGGAAAGUGUAAGAUCACAUGGGAAGAUGGUAGCUACUAUGAAGGAGAGGUUAAAAAUGGUUUAAGAGAUGGAUUUGGAGUCUUUAUUUCAGGUGAUCACAAAUCUAAAUAUGAAGGAGAAUGGAAGGAAGGCAAAAGACAUGGAAAGGGAUUUAUGACAUACUCUGCUCAUGAAACAUUUGAAGGAACAUUUUCAGAAAACAAAAGAAAUGGCACUGGUCUUAUGCACUACAAGAGUGGAAACUACUACGAAGGAGAAUGGAAAAACAACAAGAGAGAAGGUCAAGGAACAAUGCACUGGGUGGUUGACCCUUUAGAAGUAUAUGAAGGACAGUGGAUUAAUGACCUCCCUGAUGGUAUUGGAAAGCAUACUUAUUUACAAGCCUCUGGAAAGAAAUGUAACUAUUAUGAGGGAUCAUUUUCAGAAGGAAAAAGAGAGGGUCAAGGUACAUUCUAUUAUGCUGAUGGUUCUUACUACUCUGGAGAGUGGUAUCAAAAUUUGAAACAUGGAAAUGGCAUAUUUUACUAUUUGAAUGGUACUGCACAAAAAGGAGUUUGGAGAGAAGAUAAACUGUCUCAUCCAUUAGAGUUUGUUACAACAAAUACUGAGAAAUCAACUCCUCCAGCAACCUCAAAAACAACAACCGGUGGUACUUUAACCUCUCCAAUGAUUGAAUUGUAUAUUAAUGACCUCCUUCUGAAGGUUGACGGAACGUUUGAUGGAUUAAAUAAGGUCAAUUCGCUUGUGCAAAGAAAUAUCAGAAAAUUCAAGAAUGUUUUUGCACACUAUUGUAAAUAUGGAAUUGAUCCGUUGUGUAUUAAGAAAACUGCUGCUGCAACAGCUUCCAUCAAUAUGAAUCCUAGAAUAAGUAUUCAGGGAAUAUUAGAAUCUGGGGGUGGAGAAGAAAUGACAGCAAGCGAAAUGAAGAUUUUCCUUUCCAAAGAUAACAAGCUUACAAUGGUUCAAUUUUGGAAGUUUGCUCAUGAUUUUGGGCUUCUUAAUGAGAAUGUUAACUUUGCUGUGAUUGACAGAAUUUUCAUUUUUGUGGCCACUCAAUCAAGUGCUGAAAGAAAUAUCAAACUUGCAAAACAAGAGGAUGGCCAAUUGCUCCUCUCUACCGACUCUAUUAGAAAUAUCAAAUUAGCAAAACCGGCACCGAUCAAGAAUGGAAAAACAAGACCUGAUUCUUCUUCCUCGUCAACUUCAACUAUUCGUUUCAGAGAAUUUGUUGAGGCAUUGGUACGAGUGAGUUCAGAACUCUAUAGAAAUAUCAAUCAUGGAACAAGUAGUGUAGCUGAUAGAUUCAAGGCUCUUCUCACCGAGAAGAUUAACUUUACACAGAGUGGAUUUGUUCCAACAGAGUUAGUGUCUGCAAGAUCUGCCAGUGGUGAGAGUGUAUUCUCCCUAAAGACAACUACCAACAUAGUAUCAACAACAAACAGCACCAGCCUUGCUGGUUCACUGAAAACAACGUUUGGAGAAUCGAAGAACUCUUUGGCCUUACCUACACAAAUAAUCACUACAGACAAUAUUCUUCAGAGCGGUAUUUCAAAGCUCAUAUCUGAGCCAACCAUAUCAGAGUACCUUAACAAAAUCUUCUCCUACUACUGUAGAUAUGAAGGAGGUGGCUAUAUAACUUACGAAGAAGAGUUGGAAUGGCAUGGUGUUGAUUCACAUCGAAAGCUACAAUCCAUUACCGUAAAACAAUUCAUGAGAAUGGUGAAGGACAUGCUUAUCAUUGAUGGUGUUUAUCUGAAAAUGAUUGGUGUGAUUGGGCUUUUUGAAGAUUUAUUUGUAGACAUUGUAACAGCAGAGCCAAAUGAGACUCCUGAUGAACUAAGACGACGAAGGAUUGAUGUCAUUAUCAAGAAGGAAAUGUUUUACGAAGAUUUUGUGGAGUGUGUAAAAAAGACCAUUCACAAGAGGGUACAAAAACAGAUUCCGUUCGAUAACAUUGAUGAAGGUAUUGUAGUGGAGGAGUGUCGACAGAUCAUGGAGGUUGUUAUGAGCAGGUUCGAUAGCAAACCCUAAUUAAGCUAGUGGACAUUGUUAAAAAUGAAAAACAUAACGAAUGGCUAACCAACUUUAUAACGAAACGAUCCUGUAAAUGUAAAAAUAUAGGUAUAAAAAUUCCAUACAUAAAACAAUGUCAACAUAUUCAGUCAAAGCUUUGGAAAGUGUUCAUUGUUUGAUUUGGACUGCCAUUUCUUUCCCUGGACAUGAUCCUUAAUAAAACUAAUUUCGU